GCACACCCAGUCACACCAGCCCCCAAAUUAUCUAAGGUUACUCUGUAGCUAGAACUUCACAGCCCCUACCCAGACGCAUCGCCGUACGAACCGGUGACUGUUCGCUUUGAGCCGCAUAGACUGAUGACUCGGAGGACUACCGUGUUCGGACAUUUCAUUGACUCAGAAAGUUGAAUUAAAGAAAGUGGAACAGCCGAAGAGAUACGCUCUGGAAAUUAUGAUAAAACAAAUUCGCAAAGAGUGUCAGAUUGCGGUAUGCUUGCAAGGAUCUAGACUAACCUUAAGUCUGAGUUUAUCUUAACGGCAAGUGCUUGUUUGUACCUUGAAGAGACAUGCCAUCUCUUGGACCGGGUCCAGAUUGGGCUAUCGAACGCAUCCCACCAGACGACCGAGGCCUCGACUUCUACUUGAAGGAAUACAAGCCCUUCAGAUUGACAGCUUUACAGCAAGACCCUGACGCUUUCGGCUCAACAUAUGCAAGAGAGGUUGCCUUCACAGAUGAGGAUUGGCGCAAACGUCUCAGCAACCCUAUUGGAAAAACAUUUGUUGUCGUGCAAUUACCCGACCGACGGAUCCUGGCUGCUACUUCGCUGUGGGGGCCUAUGCCAAACUCAGAGCCCUUGUCGAACCCGAAUGUAGCCACUGCAGUAACUAACCCUCAAACCUUAGAAAACACUGAAACGCCAUUAACAUACCACCUCACUGGAGUCUAUACCAGGGCAGAGGCUCGCGGCCGAGGAUUUGGUCAAGCCGUUGUCAAAAUAGCUGUUGAUAGCGCGCACAACGAGGCGCGCCGCCUGGGGAGGGAGUGCAGGCUCGGAGUUGAGGUCUAUGCGACAAAUACCGUCGCGAUCUCUUUCUACGAGAAGUGCGGUUUUGUAACAACCGGACCGCGACCAGCGGACGAAGAUACGGAGGCCGCCAGGCAGGAAUUGCUUAUGCAUUACCGCGACGCCACUCGAACAGCUUGAAAUGAAUCCGGCGAGCCUGCAAUUAGCAUGGUGGCUAAGUGUGGCACUUAAAGAAGAUUGCCACUCUACAGCUUGAUUUUGUCUUUCCCGGUCUUUUCGCGUUGCAUGCGAAGCCAAGGGCUUGCCAAUCAAGUCGAUUGUUAAUGUCAACUCUGACGACAUAUUUGGGGAUGAGGUUCUGUGGUCGGAAUGCAUAUCAUAGCAGGCGGCUUGUCAUUGGCUUACUUUCGUGAUGUAGGCGCUCUAGACCUGAAAGCUGCGUUUCGCGUUUCUUGGAUUCGGAGAGGCUCUAUACCCGUCAUUUCUCAGCCACAACUGAAGCUCUCACAAAUACAUGUAAUUAAUAUAUAGCUACGUAGGAAUAACACCAGAAGUUCGCUAUUCUUCCAGU